GCAGGGCAGGUCGCGCAGCUCGACAGAAAAGCAGAACGGCGACCGGGCGGCUCGGGUGUACAGCGGAUCGGCUCCCGGGCGGCUCGACGGCAGGGCGGCUCGGGUGCAGGGCGGCUCGGCUCCCGGGCGGCUCGGCUGCAGGGCGGCUCGGGUGCAGGGCGGCUCGACGACAGGCGGCUCGGGUCGCGUAGAAGUGAGACGGGGCGGGGCCGCGUCAGGGCCGGCGGUAGGGCCGCGUAG